AUGUCUAAUUACCCAGCCUACAUAAAUGAUAAACCACCUGUUAUAACCCUCAAGGAAUAUGAUAUUGCUCCUUGGGCAAAAACUACUUGUGUGGACCGAAGGGAUGAUGACUAUGUUGUCGUAUUAAUGGAGAACCCAGACCAGAUCAUUGCAAAAAUUGAUCCCAAAGACUACGAUGUACUUUAUAAAGUGUUUAACAGUGCUCAUCAGACCUAUGCAGACCAGUUAGUUAAGGAAAAACUAGAGAAAGAGUCUAAAGGCGUGGAUUCGGAAGGGAAGGGCGCCUUAGCUGAUAAAUGA